AUGGCGGGCGAGAAGGGAGGAACGACAAGAACUCUUGAACAGACACCGACGUGGGCCGUCGCCGGCGUGUGUGCGGUCAUUAUAGUCAUCUCGAUUGUCUUAGAAAAGGUUCUCCACAAAGUUGGAACGUGGUUAACGGAUAGGCAUAAGAAAGCGCUUUACGAGGCAUUGGAGAAGGUCAAAGCCGAGCUGAUGAUUCUCGGUUUCAUCUCCCUCUCACUCGUGUUCUGUCAAUAUUACAUUGCCGAAAUCUGCAUACCCGAAAGCGUUGGUAACUCCAUGUUGCCUUGUCGUGCGAAAGACGAUGCUAACAAGGAAGAACAUAGGCGUAGGCUAUUAUCUUACGAGCGUAGGGUUUUAGCCGGUGGUGGGUAUAAAACUUGCAAGGAGGGGACAGUACCACUUAUAACAGUGGAUGGGCUGCACCAAAUACAUAUCCUUAUAUUCUUUUUAGCAGUGUUUCAUGUGAUCUACAGUGCUCUUACUAUGGCUCUCGGAAGACUCAAGAUCCGUGGGUGGAAGCAGUGGGAACUGGAGACUGCGUCUCAGGAUUAUGAAUUUUCGAACGAUCCUUCGAGAUUCAGGCUGACUCACGAGACAUCUUUUGUGAGGGCGCACACAAGUUUCUGGACUCGGGUUCCACUUUUCUUUUAUAUUGGAUGCUUUUUUCGGCAAUUCUUUAGGUCCGUGAGCAAGUCUGAUUACCUAACCUUGCGCAAUGGGUUUAUAAGUGUUCAUUUGGCACCUGGAAGCAAGUUCAACUUCCAAAAAUAUAUCAAAAGGUCCCUAGAGGAUGACUUUAAGACUGUUGUGGGAGUAAGUCCUGUCUUGUGGGGAUCGUUUGUAGUGUUCUUGCUCCUAAACGUUCACGGGUGGCAAACACUGUUUUGGGCCUCCUUGAUUCCUUUGAUUUUAGUCUUAGCCGUUGGUACAAAGCUACAAGCUAUCUUGACGAGAAUGGCCCUUGAGAUAACCGAGAGGCAUGCUGUAGUCCAGGGCAUACCUCUCGUGCAAGGCUCUGACAAAUACUUCUGGUUUGCUCGGCCACAGUUGGUUCUCUAUCUCAUACACUUUGCAUUGUUUCAGAAUGCUUUCCAAGUGACAUACUUCUUGUGGAUUUGGUACGAAUUCGGAUUACGAUCUUGCUUCCACGACAAUUUAGGACUUAUCCUCGGGAAAAUCGGUUUAGGGUUUGGAGUCCUAUUCUUAUGCAGCUACAUUACACUUCCUCUUUAUGCAUUGAUUGCUCAGAUGGGGUCGAACAUGAAGAAAUCGAUAUUUGACGAGCAAACCUCCAAGGCCCUCAAGAAAUGGCACAUGGCCGUGAAGAAAAAGCACGGUGGGCGUGGAGGGAGGUCCCCGACCCGGACCCUUGGUGGGGCCGCGAGCCCAACAUCCUCAAUGGGCUCCCCUUUCCACCCGACCCUACACCGUUUCAAAACAACGGGCCACUCGGGCCGGUCGAUUGGGCCUGAUGACGACCUCUACGCAUCGGAUAUCGAGGACCCGGCCACGCCCCCCAAGGCCACCACCAGCUUGAUUAUUCGGGCCGAAGCAAACGAGCCCAUUGGCCCGGUUCAUAAUGUGGACGAGACGAGGAACGAGGAUGACUUCUCGUUCGCUAAACCCGGCCCAAAUGGCAAGUGA